CUUGAUGUCUACUUGAAUCUGAAACCUUCUCUUCUUCCUCCAAGAUUGUAUUCUUCUGAUCACUGCCUUAAGCUCUUGAAAUUUUGUUUAAGGGAGUGAAGAAGGGAGGGAGGUGUUUGCAAUCAACAUAUAUCUAAACAUUACAUAUCUGUUUUGGAAAAAAGAGAGAAGUAAAGAUGAAUGAUCUAUUUUCCGCAUCCAUAAAAAGAUAUGCAGACUCGCCAGCCGGUCCCAUGGUUGACAUGGAGGCUGGUGCUGGAGCCGGCAAUGGUGAGCUCGAUCAAUUCUUUGAAGAUGUGGAGAAAGUUAAAGAAGACAUGAAUGCUGUGGGAAUUAUCUACAAAAGAUUGCAAGAUUCUAAUGAAGAGAGCAAGACAGUUCAUAAUGCCAAGACUAUGAAACAGCUGAGGUCUAAAAUGGAUGCUGAUGUGGCCAAUGUUCUCAAACGUGUCAAAGUUAUCAAGGGGAAGCUGGAAGCGCUUGAUAGGUCCAAUGUAGAGAGCCGGAAGAUUGCAGGGUGCGGACCAGGAUCAUCAGUUGAUCGGACCAGAACAUCUGUUGUCAGUGGACUAGGUAAGAAACUCAAGACAAUGAUGGAUGAGUUCCAAAGCCUGAGGACUAGAAUGAAUGAGGAGUACAAAGAAACUGUUGGGAGAAGGUAUUUUACGAUUACAGGGCAAAAGCCUGAUGAUGAUAUGAUAGAGGACCUCAUAUCAAGCGGUGAAGGGGAGAAUUUCCUUCAAAAGGCAAUUCAAGAACAAGGGCGCGGACAGAUAAUGGACACAAUUUCAGAAAUUCAAGAACGACACGAUGCAGUCAAGGAUAUUGAGAAGAAUUUGAUUGAACUUCAUCAGAUAUUUUUGGACAUGGCAGCACUAGUUGAGGCACAAGGGCAACAACUGAAUGAUAUUGAGUCGCAUGUGGCCCAUGCAAGUUCAUUUGUUAAACGAGGGACGGAGAACCUGGUGGAGGCUCGAGAGUAUCAGAAAAGCUCCAGGAAGUGGACAUGUUAUGCAAUUCUUCUUGUCAUUGUUCUGAUUAUAGUCCUUCUGUACCCUGUUUGGGCUCCCCAUCUGAUUAAUGCGAUAACUAAGAAGUAACUACGUUUUAGUUCUCACAGUUCUAAUCCCAAGGAAGUGCGACUAUGAACGUAGUCCUCAGAAAGGCAAAUGCUCCAUUCGCCAGCUGACGUGGGAUUUGCUCAGCAGCACAGCAACAUGGUUUCUUGUUUUCUUUUGUUAUACUACAUACUGUAAUUGUUGUUUAGGGCGUCGACUUAAACUUCUCUCGGCAGCAUGAAUUCUUGUUUUCUUUGUACAAUAUGUAUUGUUAUUUUAAUAUUAAGGGUCGUUUGGCUAACGUCUUCAUUUUCCUCAGGAAAAAUUGUUGAACGUUCCUUCUGGCGUUAUUCCUCUUUGUACACUUUGUACGAUAUGCACGAUAUGUAUUGUUCUUUAAAAUACAAUGCCAGUUUAU